CUGAGCUCGGCACCAACACUUGUGAUCAUGCUGUCCGAUUCUUAGCUGCAAUUGACUCUCCCUUGCGUUAAUACGGACAACUCACUUCCGAAGCUGGAUCUCUCUUUGCGAUCCUGCGAUCAACUCUGCUCGCAGCUUCCGAUGUCUUGCGCGUUCCUGCCAUGGCCUUUGACUAUUUCGCAAACCCGCCCUCUGAUCUGGACUUGACUGAGUCGAGAACCGCUUCGAAUAAUGCUGUUGGAAUAGUUCUGUUCGCCCUGUCCGCGCUCUUCGUUGGGCUGCGACUCCUGACGAGGUUGAGGCUAAAACGGGAGCCACUUGGAUUAGAUGACCACCUUAUGUUCAUAGGGUUGGCACUGAACGCAGGGAAUUUAGCAUGCUGUAUAGCCGGUGGUUUCUUUGGUCUUGGAAAGCACAUAUGGUCACUUGAUCAAUACCAGAUGCGCCAUAUCACCAUCAUCACGUUCGUGUAUGUGUUCAUAUACGCGUGGAGUGUGUGCAUCAUCAAGUUCUCGAUCCUCGCUCUCUACCGCCGCAUCUUUGGUAUGACAUGGAUGGGAUGGUUCUGCGUGGCGUUGACCGCCGGCUAUUUGAUCACCAACCACAUUGUACUGCCUCUUUACACAAGACCUCUUGACUAUUAUUGGAACCAGUGGAAUGAUGACGCUCAAGGUGUUGUUCAAGUCGAUGAAGCGAAGUUCUACCUCGGUGUCGGCAUAAUCAACCUCUUCGGCGAUAUCUGCAUCCUGACCGUGCCCAUCUCCAGUGUCAUACAGCUACGACUCGCGCGAACCCAAAAGAUCGCGAUCUCACUAAUUUUCUUGCUCGGAAGUUUUGUGUGCUUCGCAUCCAUGUACCGCAUCAUCACCAUCACCCGCCUUGUCAGAACGACAGAUAUCAGCUGGGCGAAGAGCGACGUCUUCAUCUGGUCCACCGUUGAGCCGUCGGUCGGCAUCAUAUCCGGUUGUUUACCCACUCUCCGUCCACUGAUGCUACAUAUACUGCAAUCCUGGUUCAACUUCAUACCCUCCGAACGAUCCUCUAGUGGCAAAGUCUCACGCUCGAUCAGCCUCAACGCCAUCGAAACUAUCGGCAAGAAGCGCACGCGCAAGAUCUCAAAGCAGGACACAGUGGGUGGUUCGCAAUUCACAGAGUUGAAUGAUUGUGUCGAUGCCAUUGAAGGACGGCGCGGACAGCACUCGAGAGAAUGGAGGCCCGAUGAAGAUGAGAUGUGCCUCACUACCACGACAGUGCAUGCGCACAGUGACAGUCGGCCUGGAACUGAGAGGAGUACGCCGGAAGCGAGAGACGGGGGCGGCAUCAACGUCACGAAAGAGUUUGAAUGGGACGAAGCAAUUACGCAUCCGGACAAGCUCUAAGUACGUCAAUCAGUUAGCGUUGCUCUUGCGCAGGAAACAAGAUGAGCUGUCGAGUUCGCAACUGCCAUAGGUAAGCGCGCUGCCCCGACCGACCCCUGCGUCCAUCUCAACAGAAUCUCUCUCGCGUCGCACACAGAUGCAGUGUCCAGCACGCGAGUUCAUCAUAGCGCUUAUACGCAAAGAGGUACCC